CUGGUGUGUGAACGAAAUCAACCAAGUGUGACAAAUUUUGGGCUGGCGGUGCGCGGGAUAGUUGUGACCUCAGAUGACACAAUUCAGGACGUGUACGACUGAGAUGUCACUGGCUGCCUGUCAUGUCAUUUAACUGACAUCAACCAGCAGUUUAACAGGAAAUAACAUCAGCUAUCAUUCGCUUCCUAGCCUUUGUUGAACCAACUCGACGUUGUGCUGACUAGAUCGCACUCUAGUCGUUAGCGAAUGGAAUCAGGCAGUACAGGUCUACUCGAGUCUAGCAGUUAAAAACUUGAUGACGGUAUAGAGGUCCACGUGGUGUCCGAGACAAAAUGGCGACCCGACUAAGACCUACCCAGGAGUUCGUCUCACUAAAAAACGAACUGAUAAACGCCAACGCCCUGUAUGCCGACCCCCAGUUCCCCCCCAACAUCAAAUCUUUGUACAACAAUGGCCGCAUACCCCCGGGCUCCCGGCACAUUGGCCAGAUUGUGUGGAAACGCCCCAGGGACAUGUCACCAAAUCCCGAGUUUAUUUCAGAGGGAGCUAAUCAGUACGAUCUCGACCAAGGCGCAUUAGGUGACUGUUGGUUUAUCGCUGGAGCUGCCGUAUUAGCAGCCACACACCCAGCAGAGUUUGCUAAAGUUGUCCCCCCUGAUCAAGGCUUCACUCCUGACAUUUACACUGGAAUGUUUCGAUUUAACUUCUGGUGGUAUGGCAAAUGGGUUGAAGUCAUAAUUGAUGAUUAUCUUCCAACUGACGGCACACGCCUCAUUUACUGCAGUAACAUUGAAAGGCAGGAUGAGUUUUGGCCUUGUUUACUGGAGAAGGCAUAUGCUAAGUUACGGGGGAGUUAUGAAAACCUGGAUGGGGGAAAGCUGCAAGACGCUAUGGUAGAUCUGACCGGAGGAAUCUCUGAAGUUAUAGACAUCCAGAAGAAAAGAGAAAUCUCUCCAGAACUUUACAACUUGCUGUACACAUCAUUCCAGAUGAAGUCUAUGAUGGGGGCCUGUAUAUUUAAACCUGAGAACUCAGCUCCAAAUGAAAUAGAGAAAAAUAAUGGUCUCUUCAUGGGCCAUGCCUACAGUAUCACAGGUUUUAAACAGAUUCCUACUGGUCGUGGUACAGUUAACUUGCUGCGUCUUAGAAAUCCUUGGGGUAGAGACGAGUGGAAAGGACCUUGGUCUGACAGGUCGCCAGAAAUGAGACAUCUCACCAAGGAACUACAAAAUGAUUUGUUGUUUGUCUCUAGGGAUGAUGGAGAGUUCUGGAUGAGUUACGAAGAUUUUAUUGCAAACUUUGAUGAAAUCCAACUCUGCCAUCUUCAAAUAGAUGCAAUAAUUGAAGAGUUGACAGACAACAAAAAAAAACAAGAUUGGAACGUGACAGUCUACCAUGAUGCCUGGAUAAAGGGCAUUACAGCUGGAGGGUCAGGGAAUGCCCCUAAUGAGAGCUUGUACUGGAAAAACCCCCAGUUUUAUGUGACCCUGUCAAAAGUAGACUCCACCCUGGGGCACGGGGACGACUGCACUUUGAUUGUGUCGCUCAUGGAGAAGGAGAAAAACAAAUCACAAAUUGCAGUUGGCUUCGAUGUAUACAAAUUGAAAAGUGCGGAGCUACGACCACUAGACAACUCACGAGCCCCCAGAAACGCCCUGCUGCUUACACAGCGCUCUGGUGCUUAUGUUUACUACAGGGAGGUCACCAAACGUUUUGAGCUGAAGCCUGGGACGUACGUCAUCAUCCCAUCCACGUUCUACCCACACGAGGAGGCGGAGUUCAUGCUACGUCUGUUUACAGAGAAACCUAUAGACAGUGGAGUCCUAGAUGAAGUGACACGCCCACCAAUGGAAGAAGAGACUAAAUCAGGCUGUUGCUCCUGUUUUUCAUUUUCUCGGACGUCAAGAAAAUACAGAAGUGAAUCUUCUGGUAAUUCCAGAUCAAGAAGAAAGCAAUCAUUUACACUAGAUUCAAGGCAGAUAUAUUUACAUGACAAGCCAGUCGCCAGCAAAGACCAGCUGAUGAAAGCUUUUGAGAGACAUGCAGGAGAGGAUCAGAAAAUGGAUCCCAGUGAACUGGCCACAUUUCUAGAAGAUGUUUCUUCUACUGAACUGCGUGACCCAAUGAAGUUUCCUCUUGAAUCCUGUAGAAGUCUUGUGGCAUUAAUGGAUGAAGAUAAAUCUGGAUACUUGAGCUUUAAUGAAGCCAAACGAGCAUGGAAAGAAAUCAAAGCUUAUAGGGAAGUUUUUAAACAGUUUGAUAAGGACAAUUCAAACACAGUAGACACGUAUGAAUUGGGGUCCAUGUUUUCUAAGCUAGGUUUUCCCAUUAACCGAGCAGUCCUGACAUCAAUUGUAAGAAGAUACGGAGGACGUGACAACACAAUCACAUUGCCAGAUUUUGUCAUGAUCAUUUGUAAACUGACUUCAUUAUUUGCAUCUUUCCAUGAACAACAGCGCAAGAAAAAUGUCAAAGGAGAUUCAGUAGAAUUUUUACGUAAUGAGUUCUUAGAGGUGACAAUGUUUACAUGAUGUGUGUGUCAUCACUCAUCCUACAAAUGGCACUGUGUAUCUGAGUAUAGAAGUAAAAAGUCCACUUUACUGCAUUUGUGAAUUUGAUUUAUUUUAUUGAAUCUAUUGAAGUAAAGAUAAUUUGGUGAUUGUAGCAGUUGAUUAUAAAAACCAGUUUUUAUUUUUUGCUCCUACAAAUGGCACUGUGUAUCUGAGUAUAGAAGUAAAAAGUCCACUUUACUGCAUUUGUGAAUUUGAUUUAUUUUAUUGAAUCUAUUGAAGUAAAGAUAAUUUGGUGAUUGUAGCAGUUGAUUAUAAAAACCAGUUUUUAUUUUUUGCUCCUACAAAUGGCACUGUGUAUCUGAGUAUAGAAGUAAAAAGUCCACUUUACUGCAUUUGUGAAUUUGAUUUAUUUUAUUGAAUCUAUUGAAGUAAAGAUAAUUUGGUGAUUGUAGCAGUUGAUUAUAAAAACCAGUUUUUAUUUUUUGCUCAAAUGAUACGAUUACUUUUUUUACUAUGAAUGUAAACUAUUGUUAGCUGUUUGUGUUACAAAAUACACCUUUAUAAAAACACCAGCUAUUUACACCUCAACCAUCCAAUGCACUUUUUACCACAUGAAAUGUUUAUUGAAAUAGUUUAAUUUAUUAUUUUAGUUAACUUAAUGUUUACGUCAGACAAUGAUAUUAGUAUUGUUAAAACAAUCUUCCUCAUAAUGUAGUAUUAAAGAUAGAAUUAUUUACAUUUUUGGAUGCACCAAUAACUAGACCAGCAUUGAACACAUUCCAGUUAAUUUAUAUUGUAUUGUACUUUGCACACAUAUUCUCAACUCAAUGAAAUUCUUAGCACUGAUCUCUUUUUAGUUAUUCUUUUUUGUUAUGUAAAGUGAUUUAAAAUUAAAGUUAUUUUGUCAAAGUUUAUUUUUUAAUGUAAUUUGUGUAAAAUUAAUAUAUUAAGAAUUAAAACCAUUUGUUGAAAACUUUUAUCUACUGGAGCUGUUUGCUAAAGAAAGUUUAUUUCCUUACAAUAAUGAUAGUGUACAGGCUUAAUUGUGAUAUCAAGCUUAGUUCAAACUGUACAAUCACUAAAUUUUUUAAUACAACCACCAUCUUAAAUUUUGUUAACAAGAUUGUUUUGUUAUAUAUACUUACAUUCCUAUUUUAGAUGUUUACUGGAAAGAUUCAUAUUUGUUUACACAGCUCAAUUGUUUUUAUUACUUUCUCGUAUAUACGAAGUAUAGAGAAAGUAUUGUAAUCGUGCACAAAAAUCACUUGAAAUUUUAACAAUUUUCACCGUAUUACACCUCAGUCCUUCAUCACAUCCGAAGUAUAGAGGACUUAUUUUAAUCGGGCAAAAAUUAUCAAUCCAGAUUUAUCAAAAUUAAGAGGUUUUAUGCGUAAUCCAGUCUGAAAAACUGGGCUUUGCAAUUCUGUCCGUAUGUCUGUGUGUCUGUGUGUGUGUGUGUCCGUGUGUAAACACGAUUACUUGAGUACCGUUAUAGCUAGGUUGAUGAAAUUUCAUAUAUAAGUAUUUUAUCAAAA